AUGGACGCGCAAGCUGUUCUUCGGGGUCUUCUUGUCCUAAUUGUAAAUGUUGUCCUCACUGCAGCCGAGUUUAACAGGGUGUGUUUCUAUAGCGGCUGGUCACUUUAUCGGGACAGGAAGUUAGGUCUGGCCCCUGAAGACAUCGACCCCUACCUCUGUACCCAUAUUGUGUUCGCCUAUGCUACUCUUGACGACACAGGAACUCAGCUGCGGGCGCCGGACGGCUAUGAAACUGAGGAACUUAAUCUGUUCCGGAGGUUCCACAGCAUGCGUUCCAAGAACGAGGACCUGACGAUGAUGUUGUCAGUUGGAGGCUGGGCCACUGACAGUAAAUUGUUUUCUAAGACCGUUUCCUCGGAGGCAAAUAUGCAGCGCUUCGCCGAGGAAGCCAUAAACUACCUUCGUAAACACGACUUCGACGGCCUGGAUAUCGACUGGCAGUUCCCGGCUACUCGAGGAAGUCCACCAGAGGAUGUACAGCGCUUCUACAGAUUCUUGAGGCUGCUCCAGUGGGAGUUUGAGCACGAGGAGGAGCCAGAUGACAAAAGUACCCUCAUCCUUACCAUCUCUGUUGACCCCACGGUAGAGCGGGCCUCGAUGUCAUACGACCUACCUAGAUACUCCAGGUGGGUGAACUGGAUAAACAUGAAGAUGUUCGACUUCUAUGGCCACUGGGACGACCCUAGUAUUGCAAAUCACCACAGCGCCCUCUACAGUGCUCACGAUCCCAAGAAUGUGAACAACCUGAGCCGAUACUGGGUAAACAAGGGAGUACCACGUCACAAGAUUGUAAUAGGUCUACCCAUGUUCGGGCGCUCCUUUACUCUAGCCAACACCAACUAUACACAACCCGGAGCGCCAACCAUCGGUGCAGGCUCCGAUAACGGAGACGGAUAUCCCAUUUCUCAGCUUUGUCACCUGAUCAAAAACGGCGCAAGAGAAAUGAUGAUUUCAGAUAAGCGUGUGCCUUACACAAUCGUUGGGGAUGAGUGGAUCGGUUACGACAACCCCGAGAGUAUCAAACAAAAGGCUCGCAUCGUCUUCAACAACUUCCUUGGUGGCAUCAUGAUAUGGACCUUAGAUAUGGACGACUAUCGUGGCGCGUGCGGUAGGCCUUAUCCUCUCAUGAACGCUGCCCUGGACGGUCUUCACGCGCGUCAUGGUUAUAAUGAACUCAUCACAAAUGCCAAGCAGGACCAGGCCCAACAGGCAGCCGCUAAGAAGGAAAUAUAUCGACAGAGGGCACUCGGCUGGCAAAUGCAGGACCAACAAGAAAAGAUUCAUAGCCAACAAAGAGGGGGUCGUGGGCGGGGCUGGUGA